AUGGCAUUAUCUGCGGCUGAAAGACAGCGACGGUGUCGUGAAAAAAGAAAGCUUAACCCUGAACAUGUUGCAGAAGUAAAACGUAAAGAUUUAGAAAGAUAUCAUGCUCGCAAAAAGUUAGUUAAGGAUAUGACACCAAAAGAACAUAAAAAAACAAAAAGACAAUGGCAGAUUAGAAAUAAAAAGAGAAGAGAAAGACAGAAAACUUUGCAGAACGUUUUGAUGAAUACUCCGACUUCUACACCGCCUCCUUCAAGUCCCAGACUACUUCCGUUAAGUCCCAGAUCUCGUUCAUUGACUCCAGUCUCGUCUGUUGCCAGUAGCAGGGGAAGAAAACAAGUGCGGCGAGAUAGAUCACGCCUUUAUAGACAAAAUAUUCAACUUCAAAACCAAACACAAGAAUUACUAAGAAAAGUGCAGAAAUACAAGAAAAGACUUCAGCGACUGAAAAAGAAACGAAAUAAAAUGCUAACAACAACAAUUUAUAGUAAAAAAGAAAAUGAACAAGGCAAAGAAGAAUACAGAAAAUAUACUAUCUUAUCAAAUACUAUUAAGAAACAUUACAAGAACACAAAAGACCACAAAACAAAACGCUAUAUCAAAAGUAUACUUGAAGACCCAGCAAUUCAACGUUCCGGACAAAAACUUCAACUGGCAAUGGAGACCAUUGGAAUCAGGAGAGUGACAAAGUAUAGUUCCAUCUUGCCAAGAAAUACUACAUUAAAACAAAAAAUUCAUGAUUUUUAUCUCAGGGAUGAUGUGUCACGGGCCACUGCUGGAAAAAAAGAGACAGUCACUUAUCGAAAAAGGAAGAUGCAGAAAAGAAUUUUGUUGGAUACUAAGAAAAAUCUCUAUAAGUCAUUUCUAAAAGAGGACCCCAACGUUAAAUGUCACUACAGUUAUUUUGCAAAAUUUAAGCCGUUUUAUGUCUUACCACCUUCAGUUGACAGCCGAGAAACCUAUGGAUUGACAGAAACCGAAAUUGCUUUACAUAUUGAUUUUAGCGAGAACUAUGCCUGUAAGUACCAUGAAGAAAUCCAGUCAGUGCAUUUUGGAGGAUCUCGAAACCAAGUAACUUUACAUACAGCAGUAUUAUAUCACUUGACUUUUAAUAAGGAUAAAAAUAUAACUUCCUUUUGUACUGUGUCUUCUGAUCUUCAACAUGGCCCUGCCGCUAUAUGGGCUCACCUCCAUCCAAUUCUCGAUUACGUUCAAAAGGAACUGUCUCAUAUUAAGACGAUCCACAUUUUUUCAGACGGGCCAGCGACGCAAUAUAAACAAAAAAAUAAUUUUUAUCUCAUUGCCACGAGAUUUUUUGAAGAAUACAGAUUUGAUGACUUGACAUGGAAUUUUUUUGAAUCUGGCCACGGCAAGGGUGCGGCUGACGGCAUAGGGGGGUCUAUUAAACGUUUAGCUGAUCAUAUUGUCGCCAGCGGACACGAUAUUGUUGACGCAUCACAAUUCUUCGAUGCAGUCAACAAUCACAGUAAGAUAAAGGUCUUUUUUGUCGGUAAGGACAAUAUCGCACAGAUUUUGGUGACAAUCCCACAAGGAAUUCCUCCGUUAAAAGGAACUAUGCAAGUUCAUCAAUUGCUUGCUCAGCAGCCUGGAAUGUUGAGCUACCGAAUGUUAAGUUGUUUUUGCGGAAAAUUUUGUGAUUGUUACAAUUUAAAGACUUACUGCCCAUUGCCGAAACGUGAGGCAGAAGUUGACAUUUCAACCUCGGAUAGAGAAGAACCACUGACUGAUAUAACUAAUAUAAUUGGUUCUAAUGAGGGAUUUUAUAAGACUGUGUAUACCUCUACUUCAGAAGAUGAAGAUGACCAGCCUCUUCUUAGUUUGAGAAAAUCUGUAGAUUUAAAACCAGGUACAUCACACGAUCUACUAGAGGAUAAGAUCCAUCCGUCAUUAAUAAAAAAUGGAACACAUAUUUUAGUCAAAGUACUAAGUGAAAGAAAAAUUGAGUACACUUACUUAGGAGUAGCAAAAAGUGGAGUGGAUGAAGAUAGAGAUGUUCGAGUGAUGUUUUAUAAAUCUGUUGAUGAUACUGGAAAAAUGUUUAAAUUGGUAGAGACUGAUGUGUUAGAUGUGAUGUAUGAAAAUUUGUUAGAAAUUAUUCCACCUCCUAAGCUAAUUAAAAGAGGAAAACGCGUGUUUUACGAAUACAAUCAACCAAUAGAAGUUUUUGAAAAAUAGAGUUAGUGAUAAGAUAUUGUAAGACUAAAUUAAUAUCUACCAAAGAAUGGACACCAAUCAU